GGGCAGUGGGGCGCCCGGGAGAGAGCCCAGCUUGCUUGGGGUUUGGGGGAGGCGGUGGUGUCUCUGUAGAAGGAAGAAGAGUGGGUCGGGAGGAGGCAGCGGUGGCGAUCCGGCCAGGGUGAUGGUGCAGGUGCUAAGGGCCGGCGCGGAGGUGCCGCGCUGAGGAGCGACGGGUCCGGAGUCCGCAGCGCCGCCGCGUCGCUCCCGAGGACGGGCGAGCGGGCGGGAAGAUGCUGAGCAGGUUGAUGAGCGGCAGCAGCAGGAGUCUGGAGCGCGAGUACAGCUGCACCGUGCGGCUGCUGGACGACAGCGAGUACACCUGCACCAUCCAGAGAGAUGCCAAAGGCCAGUACCUGUUUGAUCUCCUUUGCCACCACCUGAACCUACUUGAGAAAGACUACUUUGGGAUUCGUUUUGUGGACCCAGAUAAACAGCGGCAUUGGUUGGAGUUUACAAAGUCAGUGGUGAAGCAGCUAAGAUCCCAGCCUCCAUUCACCAUGUGUUUCCGUGUGAAGUUUUACCCUGCUGACCCCGCUGCCCUGAAAGAGGAAAUAACCAGGUACUUAGUCUUCCUGCAGAUCAAAAGGGAUCUCUACCACGGCCGUCUUCUCUGUAAAACGUCGGAUGCUGCCUUGUUAGCGGCCUAUAUCCUUCAAGCGGAGAUUGGGGAUUAUGACCCGGGAAAGCACCCUGAAGGCUACAGCUCCAAGUUCCAAUUUUUCCCGAAACAUUCAGAGAAACUGGAAAAGAAAAUUGCCGAGAUUCACAAGACGGAACUCAGUGGUCAAUCACCAGCAACAUCUGAGCUGAAUUUCUUAAGAAAGGCCCAGACGUUAGAGACCUAUGGAGUGGACCCUCACCCAUGUAAGGAUGUGUCAGGAAAUGCUGCGUUUCUGGCAUUCACUCCUUUCGGGUUUGUUGUUCUUCAAGGAAACAAGAGGGUUCACUUCAUUAAAUGGAAUGAGGUGACCAAGCUGAAAUUUGAAGGAAAGACUUUCUAUUUAUAUGUAAGUCAGAAAGAGGAAAAAAAGAUUAUUCUCACGUAUUUUGCUCCAACUCCAGAAGCCUGCAAGCACCUCUGGAAAUGUGGAAUUGAGAACCAAGCCUUCUACAAGCUGGAGAAGUCAAGCCAAGUCCGCACAGUGUCCAGCAGCAAUUUAUUCUUUAAAGGGAGCCGGUUCCGAUACAGUGGCCGGGUUGCAAAGGAAGUAAUGGAGUCAAGUGCCAAGAUCAAACGGGAACCGCCAGAGAUCCACAGAGCAGGGAUGGUCCCUAGCCGCAGCUGUCCUUCCAUAACCCAUGGCCCACGACUGAGCAGUGUCCCCAGGACACGAAGAAGAGCUGUGCACAUCUCUAUCAUGGAAGGCCUUGAGUCCCUACGAGACAGUGCCCACUCCACACCAGUGCGGUCCUCUUCCCACGGGGACACCUUCUUGCCUCACGUGAGAAGCAGCCGGGCAGACAGCAAUGAACGUGUAGCUGUGAUAGCGGAUGAGGCCUAUAGCCCCGCAGACAGUGUGCUGCCCACCCCUGUAGCCGAGCACAGCCUGGAGCUGAUGCUGCUCUCCCGGCAGAUCAACGGAGCCACGUGUAGCAUUGAGGAGGAGAAGGAGUCAGAGGCCAGCACCCCAACUGCAACUGAGGCGGAGGCCCUGGGAGGAGAGCUGAGGGCCCUGUGUCAGGGGCACGGCGGGUCAGAGCAGGAACAGGUGAAUAAGUUUGUUUUAAGUGUCCUCCGUUUGCUCCUUGUGACCAUGGGACUCCUCUUUGUUUUGCUCCUCCUCCUGAUCAUCCUUACUGAGUCUGACCUUGACGUUGCUUUUUUCCGAGAUAUCCGCCAGACCCCUGAGUUUGAACAAUUCCACUAUCAAUACUUUUGUCCCCUCAGGCGAUGGUUUGCCUGCAAAAUCCGCUCAGUGGUGAGCCUGCUCAUUGACACCUGAGAAGGCAUGACUCCUCCCACUAACUAGCCAGGUGGACCAAGGAGCCCGGCUACUCAUUCCCAGCAAUGGGACCCAUCGGAACCAUCGGCACACACACCAAGUCCUCUCAUGACUCAAAGUCCACUGCAGCCUAGGAGGGUUGUUUCCCAGAAGAAGAAAGGGAUAUAGGCUAAUGCUCUGUAAACCGGGAAAAUUCAGUUUCUUCAGAGGCUCUUCCAAGAAAGGCUCAGCAACUCAAAUGUUUUUCAUCCUUCAAUAUGCAGGAUAAUUUUGGAGUUCGAACUUUAAUUUUCAUAGAUGUGUAUUAUUUUGAAAGUAUUCAAAUAAAAGUCAUUUAUUUUACUAUACUGACAUUGCAGUAGUGUCACCCAGUAGAUGGGGCACUAGCUCAAGACUCAGACUGUUGUCCUCUGUACCCUGCAACUUUCUCACUGGUGCCAGUAGGUUCCGGGAGACCCAGCAGGGCAAGCCAGGGACAGGCAGGAUUGGCUUCCUUGCCAGACAGAAAAGUUUAACAAGUAAAUUGUGUAGAAUGAUUAAAUAGAAAGUUGCUUCUUACGACAGUCUGAGUUGGAUUUUCUUUUCCUUUUGUUCUUUCAAAUCUGAGCAGAGUGGGCAUCUGAAGGGACCACCGCUACAGCAGCAGCAGCAGCAGGGGUGGGGUAAGUCUGUCCCCUUAGACUAGAGCCUAGUGGACAUCGGAGUUUUAUUUAAUAGUUUGGGUUUGUUUGUUUGUUUGUUUUCUGAAGAACCUCAAGACUUCUAGUACUUCCAGGGUGUUAAAGUGGUGCCAGAGUGUGCUGUCAGAAAUGUCCAACAGCAUAGUUACCAGAGACCUGUGCUGAGUCACAGAGAGCAGUGCUUGUCUUGUACAGUGCGACCCCCCCCAAAAAAACAACAACACUAUUUCAAGCUCUAUUUUAACAGCAAAAUGUUAUUUUCCUAUCUAUUCAUAUUUUGUUUUUACUUUAUGAAUUAAAAGAUGCAAGAGAGAAAGAGAUCUGAGGAAGACCUUGGGAAGAGCAGCAGCCUUGGAAGGGACCAGGGAACCCUGAGCAGACUCUAAACCAUGCCUACAAGCAACAGAGCUUGACUGUGGCAGAAACCAACACUUACUGUAGGAAUGCCACCCAUAGGGUCAACCUCUGCUCCUGGAAACAAGGUCAGGGAGCACUUAGCGUGGCUCACAGCAGCAUAGGGACACACACACACACACACACACACACACACACACACAGAUGAGCAGCAGUCCCCAGGCCUCUACACUUCUUACCACCAAUAACAAACAAAAGCUUGUUUUCAUCUCAGGGAGACCGCUAAGUCAUCUGAGGCCCGAGGACUCAUGUAAAGGACAGAAAGGACAGUCAAGGGGCACACUCCUGGGACCAGAAAACAGUGGAGCAGCACAGCCCCAAAUGCAGGACACACUGGGCUGUACUAUAUUCGAGCUCCUCUUAUUUUGUUGCCUGGGGUGGAACCAUGUCCACAUUCAGAAUAUGGCAGCCAUUAAAAACAAAAACCAACAACAACAAAACAACAUCAACAACAAAACAAUGGGGUUUUGAAGAUGCAGGGAGGGCAUUUACAAAUUUUAAAGAUGACAUUCUUAUCUAGACCAGAGGACAACAAAUUUCUUUUAAUACAAUUUUGAUUUUGUGGACCAUGCUCUGCCACCCUAGCACGCCUCUGAUAAUGCAUGCAUAAAAUAACAUGGCUUGUUCCAAAACUUUAUUAAGGCAUAGGGCUGAGGAAGUGUAGCUCAGAGGGAAGAGUACGUUUCUAGCAUGUAUAAGACCCUGGAUUUGACUGCUAACAAUACACAAAACCAAGUGUGGUAGCAUAUACCUGUGGUCCCAGGAUUCAGCAGGGAGGCAAGAAUCAGCUCAAGGUAAUCCUAAGUCACAUAGUUAGGCCAGUCUGGGAUACAUGAAAUGUUGUCUCGGACCACUGGCUUCCCACUUCCAAAAAAUAAACCUAAAAUUAACUGCAGCAUGCUGAGAGACUGGUCCCCAGCCGUAAGAUGCAAACCUUGGCCUAGACCCGGCCAGCUUCGAUUGUUAUUUUGCGUAAGAUACCCAGAACCAUUUCCCAAUGGGGGCUUUUCGGGGUGCUCCAACAACCAACCAGCAGUGAUGUGUCAUCUGAUACCAAGGUCAAGUACUGCCACUGUGAACAUCGGUGACGCUAAGCAUGGUUCCAGGCCUAUCCGAUCAUUCCCGUACCAGCAACAAUUUGUGUAAGAUCUAAAACAUUUACCAUGUAAGACAAACUGAGGGGAUCCGAGUAAAGAGAUCACUUAAAAGCAAUGAGCCACUGCCACUUGUCAACUGCAUAGCAAAGGUUUACUUAGCACAAGACUGAUGGCAAAGGCUAUUGGGAAACAGGGCUGGUGUGAACCGGGAUUUCUAUUCUUAUGCAACACAGCAGAUUGCCUUCUAGUGUGGUGCUCCUACCUCAGUUUGUAGAACCCAGCGUCUAUGCAGUGAGUGGUAAGCCUUGCCUCUGACCUUUCAUAGCCUCGAGAGGGAGGCAGCCUGCCAUUGCCUGGUGUGUUUCUUGUGUCUAGAGUCCUAACAGUGCUGCGGUCUGUGCCAUUUCCAACAUGUGACCCGGAACCUUCAGGUCGUUCCCCUUUGCCCCCCAAGGUUUAGCCCAGAAAAUAAGGACAGAAAAGGCUUCCUUCGAUUUGGUUUCCAAAUAAUUUUCAAUAGUUCAGUAACAAACUCUCUUUACUGGUGACUAGUGUUUUUCAGUAUUUUCCCAUCAUUACAAAAGUUUGAGCUUUCAGUCUGGUUUUGCUGUGUUCUAUGUCUCUUCUUUCCUCUCAGAAUUAGUUGGUCUCACUGUAGAAAAGCAGAUCUGCAUCAUUGAUCAGAGGAAAUACCUACUGAAUAGUGGACUGCACCUUUAAGCAGUAGAGGAUAAACUACCUACAAAUGUGAAUUUCUUAGUUUCAGUUAAAAGUAUACAGCUGUUAACCUUCCGUGUGCCAAAUCUCUUUUAAGUUACGUUUUCCUUCAAAGCAAUGUACUUUUUUCUACAUAUGUAGUAUGUAGUUAGCAUAAAAUCAUUGGUGCCAUGAAGAUUAUUUUUAAACUCAAUAAAUAUUUAAAUACCAUAA